GAUCCCACCAAAGCCUGUAAGCUCUUCCCUCCAAAACCCUCCAACAAAGAAGGCAGAAAAAGAAAAAAUAAAAAAAAGCCCAAAGGGAAGAAAGUAAAUAAAUAAAUAAAUAGAUUCCACCAAUAAAACGAGACAUCGCAACCCAAGGUACUCACUUCACCCCUUGCGUUCCUCUCUCUCCCUCGACCACUGCGACUAGAGAUCGAAAGCAUGCAGCAGCUUGAAUCUGGUGAGACCAUGACCAUUCAACGGCGCGUGGGGUUACUGUACGAUGAGCGGAUGUGUAAGCAUCACACUCCUGAUGAUGAUUACCAUCCUGAGAACCCCUAUCGCAUCAAGGCUAUUUGGAACAAGCUCCUAGCCAACAACAUUCCUCAAAGAUGUGUUGUUCUAAAUGCCAAAGAAGCAGAAGAUAAAUAUCUACUGGCUGUUCACUCCAAGAAUCAUGUUAAUUUGAUAAGAAAUAUAAGCUCCAAUCAAUUUGAUUCUCGAAGAAAUAGAAUUGCUUUAAAAUUUAAUUCCAUAUACUUCAAUGACGGAUCAUCAGAAGCUGCCUACAUUGCUGCUGGUUCUGUUGUGGAGGUUGCUGAGAGAGUAGCCAAAGGGGAACUGCAUUCUUCUGCUGCUAUUGUUAGGCCUCCUGGACAUCAUGCUGAACAUGAUGAGGCAAUGGGAUUUUGUCUAUUCAAUAAUGUCGCCGUUGCAGCAAGUUAUCUAUUAGAUGAAAGACCAGAACUGGGUAUUAAAAAGAUUCUGAUUGUUGACUGGGAUGUUCAUCAUGGUAAUGGCACUCAAAAGAUGUUUUGGAAGGACCCUCGUGUUCUGUUCUUCUCUGUUCAUAGGCAUGAGUUUGGGAACUUUUACCCUGCAAAUGAUGAUGGUUUUUAUACUAUGAUUGGGGAAGGGCCAGGUGCAGGAUAUAACAUAAAUGUUCCUUGGGAGAAUGGAAGAUGUGGAGAUGCAGACUAUCUUGCUGUUUGGGACCAUAUCUUGAUCCCUGUUGCCAAGGAAUUUGAUCCUGACAUGAUUUUAGUGUCUGCAGGGUUUGAUGCAGCUAUCGGUGAUCCUCUUGGCGGCUGCCGUGUCACACCCUAUGGAUAUUCAGUAAUGUUGAAAAAGUUAAUGGAUUUUGCUCAUGGUAAGAUUGUGUUGGCAUUAGAAGGAGGUUACAAUCUUGACUCUAUAGCAAAUUCUUUCCUUGCAUGCAUGGAAGUUUUGCUUGAAAGCAAGCCUAUUGCUGGAUCUUCAGAGGCCUAUCCAUUUGAGUCCACAUGGCGUGUAAUACAAGCGGUUCGAAAGAAAUUAAGUGCUUACUGGCCUUCACUUGCAGACGAAAUACCCUUGAAGUUAACUAGUCAGAAAGCUCCUCCUGCGCAUCUUUUGAUCUCAAGCUCUGAUUCUGAAGAUGAGGAUGAAAAAUCUCCAAACAUUGUGUCAGAUAAUAUGGUGAAAGUUGUUCAGGAGAUUGUUGAACCUCUUUCAAAGCUGAAAGUUGAAGAUAUUCAUGGCAAGGAUCAAGUGGCCAGAGAGUCUGUCCCCUGGAGAUCAGAGCUUUCAAAGAUGGAGAUUUGGUAUGCCACUUAUGGAUCAAAUAUGUGGAAACGAAGGUUCCUUUGCUAUAUUCAGGGCGGUCAGGUGGAUGGUAUGAGGAAGCCGUGCCCUGGUUCAAUGGAUAAAAACCCUCCAAAAGAGAUCUUGUGGAAAACUUUCUCCCGCAGAUUGUUCUUUGGCCGUGAAUCAACACGUACAUGGGGUCCUGGAGGAGUUGCAUUCCUUAAUCCUGAAACUAGCGUUGAUGAAAAAACUUACAUAUGCAUGUACAGAAUCACGUUGGAGCAGUUCAAUGAUGUUUUGUUUCAAGAAAAUAUAGCGCUUCAAGAAAAUGUUUCUAGUUGUGAGAUGGGUUCUCCAGCCUUUCAUUUGGCAGAUCUAGAGUCCGUCGAAAAACAUGGAUCUAUGUCUUUGGAGGUUUUUAAGGGUUGGUACCAUAAUGUAGUGUACUUGGGGAAGGAGCAGGAUAUUCCCAUACUGACUAUGACCUGCUCACUUUCAGAUGUUGAGAGGUUUAAAUCGGGAAAAGUUCCCCUUUGUGCCCCUUGCAAAGAAUAUGCUAAUACCUUAAUACAAGGCCUGAUUGAAGGAGGGCAGUUCUCAGAAGAGGAAGCCAUUACCUACAUAGAAGAAGCUUCUUCAAAACCAAUAUGAUGGCAACUGUCUGGCUGUCACAUUUAUUCUCGUAAAUGUCCAAAUUAGCAGCUUUGGUUGUACAUUAAUUCCAAGUCUUGCUCAUCACAUAAGCUUUAGGAACUGGGACCACCAGUAGGCUUGGGUUAUUGCGUAUUAGGUUCUAGUUAGGGUUAGCAUCUAUCAAGGAUGCAGCAGCUAAUUCUAACGCACAGUAAUAUAUUCACAAUACGAGACCGUUUCGACUUUCAAACUGUGUGCAGAACAUGAUGUUAUAUGGUAUGGCUAAAAUUUGCGAUA